CUUUCACCUUAGAUAGCGGCAUGUUGACAGUAAGCCUCAAGCUUUUAGUAACAAUCAGUGGGAGUAAAUAAAAUAAUAGAUUAAAUUUCUAGAAUUUAGGAAUAGUUAAACAUGUGUCGGUAACUUCAAAAGCGCAAUAUGGUGCGCUAUACUUAUAUUAAGCUUAUCCCAGCAUUUAACUAAUCAAUGAAAAUCAUUUACUCAUUUGCGUAUAAGACUCAAAUUUAUCAAUACGUUAUACAUGAGAUUACAGUUUCCAGGGUAACAGAAAAUGAGGUAUUAUCACUAAAACUGGAGAAAAUGAAUCAAUAUACGACACAUGGUAUCUAACUUGGUAAUAUGAGAGUAUGGUAAUGAUUGUGUAUGAGCGAUAUAUAAUUCAUUUUAUGGAAUCAUUAAAUUGAAUGCUGUUCUUCUUACAUUUAUGUCGGUUUGCUUAUUCUGUUUUGGGCUGUCUUUGUUAAAAGGAAAUAUUUUGUAUGAAAUUAUAAUCGAUGAGUGCCGUUUCUACAAUUAAAGUCAGUGGAAACACGACAGAACUUAUCAUAAUUGAGGAAGGCGGUGUUGAAACGUUGACGAUCAUCGUGUGGUGUGUGGGUGGGAUACUCCUAAUCACCCUCCUAGCACUGCUCGGUCGAAUCAUCCUGGCCAAGAAGAAACAUCCAUUUGAGCAAUUCGAUUAUCUAGAGCAUGUUCCAGAAAUUCACAGCAAUAAUUUGUUUCGAAUUCGAGUCGAUGAAAGACGGCCUGAAUCAACAUUAUCACAGUCACGUGACACCGUGGACCUGGUUCCCGGAUCCGAUGCAGCAGUAACAGUUACCCCAGUAUUAAACAGAACACCUCAUGUGGAAGUUUGCACAGGAAAUCCACAAGUCAGAAGUGAAAAUCCUCAUCAUAAUGAACAAAGACAAAUUAAUACACGCAAUUUACACUUUGGAGAUCAUUUGAAUAAUUCACCACCAAGAACAGCUCAGAUUUUACGUACAGACGAUACCGGUUCCCGGGCAACAAUCAAUGGUUAUAUUAUCAGGCCACCACCAUAUAGAGAAGUUAUCAAUUCUUCCAACGGAAUACCUUCAGUAAUUGUUGCUAGAGACCAAAGCAUUGUUGUCGCAAGAGACCAAAGACAAAUGAUCACAUCCAGACGACAAAUGUUUUCGUUGUAAAAGCGUUUAUUUUAAAAAAAAAUCGAACUGUUUUCGAGCUUACAUAAUCAGACAGUAAGUUAACAAGAUAAAACAAAACAAGUUACCGCCGGAAGAUGUAUCACACCUGUAACACAUGGAUGAUUAACCGCUAAAUAUGGUGCUAAACUAUUUUUGCAUGUUAUUGUGUAUAUUCUAGUCCCGUAAUUCAGCCAGUUUCAGUGAGUUUGGUUUUGUUUGCCAGUUGUAUAGAACAUGUAUUUAUUUUGAAGCGUAAGACACGGUUGUGCGUAUUUCUAUUUACGCAAGAUUUUAAUCUAGUUCUCAGCACGCACAACUAUUUUAAAGAAAAAACAAUAAUUCGUUUUACCAUCUUCAUUUUGUCACCUACAUUUAAAGUAGUGAUUAUUUCCGAAAAUAAUAUUUAGGAUGCGCCGUAUAGUCCGUGUCUUUGACCGAAUGAUCUACGCCGGAUGCGCCGUAGUCCGUGUCUAGCGCCGCAUGGACUAAGUGCAUCAUACAUACCGUGCCUGUGGCCGUUUGAACUAUGGUGCGCCGUACAUACCAUGUCUUGGACAAAAUUGUUAGUCUUAUAGUUGUUUACAAUCGUAGAUUUUUUCUGCUCGAUAAAGCAGCAGAUUAUUUACAUUAGUGAAUAAAUGAUUAUUGUUAUACAUGUAUGAAUAAAUAAUAAGGAAAAUUUAGACCAUUUUUUCCACAGAUGUCACUACUUUUUUUCGUAUAAUCAUGUAUUUGAAUAUGUAUUUUUACAUGUUUAUUUUGUACAUUUUAUUUUAUGUCAGCUUUCCUCGUAUUUAGUGACAGUAUGUAUUUUGUUUUAAAAGUCUUAAGUUACCGCCUAAUGUUAGAAUGAUGAGAAAAUGUAACAGCGUAAUACUACAUGUAAACAUUUCUUAGAUGCUCAAUUGCUGUGUAUCAAAUAUACACUUUUAUUAUGUGUACACCUACGAAUUUUCUGUCUCAAAAACAGCAUGUUUUUUCACUAACUAAUACAAAACCCUGUAUUCAACUCCCAUUGUGUAAUGAAAAAUAUUCAGUCAGAGAUGUAAUGUCGGGGUCUAUUCAAUCGGAAAUGACGUAAUGUUUGGGGUCUCGAGUCAAUGCGCCGAAACAUUCACUGUUUCAAAACGAAUGUUUAGUUUUAUUUAUCUACAAUUGUAGUAAAUUUUGACUGCUGUUACACUAGAAAUAGGUAUAUGUAUAUAAUAAAAGAUUCAUUAAAGCAGUACCUUGAAUUGCAUUGCGAUGAUGCGCAUUCGGCUCUUCUUGCUCAUACUUGGCAUAAUCCACUCGAGCCGAUUACAACAAUGCAGAUCAAGGUUCUGUUAGAAUAACCGUGUAAUAUAUACAUAUCCAGACAACAGUUUAUACUUAAAAAAUCUGCAACGAAAACAAAAACAACCACACACAAACAAAUAGAUCUAGAAAGGGACCAGUUUCGAAUUGAAACCCCAUUGCUCAGUCUAUAAAUGAGCCGUGCCAUGAGAAAACCAACAUAGUGGGUUUGCUACCAGCAUGGAUCCAGACCAGCCUGCGCAUCCGCGCAGUCUGGUCAGGAUCCAUGCUGUUCGCUAACAGUUUCUCCAAUUCCAAUAGGCUUUAAAAGCGAACAGCAUGUAUCCUGACCAGACUGCACGGAUGCACAGGCUGGUCUGGAUCCAUGCUAGUCGCAAACCCACUAUGUUGGUUUUCUCAUGGCACGGCUCAAAUUAUGCACACAACCGACAAGAUGCAACUGUUACGAAACUGGUAACAACAUAAAGUUACCCUUAGGACCAGGUCUCCAAAAGUACUACAGAAUUAGUUUGAAUACUAGAAAUGUCAUUGGUAGUUGCGAUUUUAACAUCAAUAUGUACAAAAUAUAUUUUUAUACGAGAAUCACAGUGCUAUUCUUGGUUAUUAACGUUUAAAAAUAUAUUACUUUCUUUAAUAUGUGAUAUAAGUUGUCAUUAAAAUACUACACCAAGUUGAACACAGAACUUUGUGAAGGUUAAGGAUCUUAUCACAAAAAAGUUAUAAUUAUCUUCCAUCAAUUUGAAAGCGAAUGCAUACCCAAAUCUAUAAUGGAUUUUUGAAAAUUAAUUCAAAACUUCAUGACAUACCGUAACAGCCAAAAAGGGAUUAAGUGCUUUUUACAACAAUCAUCCACUUUUUUGCGCCGAGAUGAUUAUAUUUAAAGUGUACGUUAUUAUUACUAUUAUUAUUGUUAUAUUACAAUAUAGUUACCAAUGUAUUCUUUAGAAUGAUAAAUUGCUGAAACCUACCGGAAAUACUUGUGACAUCUUUAGAAAUGACCUGAAUAUGACUCAUGGAACAUAUCUAACCAACGCUUAUUCUAGUCACAAGUAUUUUCAUAAAAAUUCGCCACCGUAAGACUGUACACCAAACCAACAGCUUUGUUGAAAAAAUAUCACGUGCAUAAAUUGGAAAUGCUUGCACGUGACGUGACGGGGGCAAAUAUUUGAAUUUAUCAUCAUACUCGUGUAUCGAUAUUUUUUUAUAUUCGUAUUAACACAUUAAUUAAUGCUAAGAAUAAACAAUAUAUUGACUUA